CGCCCGCGGUGUCCCCGCGCUGCGGAAAGGAGCCGCAGCUCCGCGCUGCCCGGGGCGGGCCGGGCCGCGGCCGCGCUCGGCGGGGUGUGGCCUCGCCGUUAUUUACGAGCUCCAGCCCCAUUUGCUCAGCUAAUGAUGCGCCGGGGGCCGCGGUGCCUCGGCUCGCUAGCGCGGCGGCGAGGGCAGGGCAGCGCCUGUAACUGGAAACCGAACCCUCUACCGUCACCGCCCGGCCACUUUCCAUUCACUCCUAGGUGCUUAAUUGAGGGCUGGGGAGAAGCGCUCCUGGUGCCUUAGGAGUCCAGCGACAAGGAUUAUUUUACAAAGGAGCCGGGAGUAUCUUUCCAGCCACCGGGAAGAGAGACUUGUCUUUUGUUUGAUUUUUUUUUUAAUUUUAUUUCCCCCUCCCCACAAUGAGCCAGGUUUGGAAUUAAAAUGUUCUGGUAGCAAGAGUGGAGUCCAUAAACUGAUAGAAACCAGACAGAAAUCUCUAUUACUGGUUCUUCCAAUAGCUGGGUUUUGCUUCUUGGAUAUUAAGUUGCAGAUCUGAAGAGAUGGCAUUUCUUGCACUGCACGCGUUGAUUGGGAUAUUUAUUUACUUUAGCAGUGUAAAAGGAUCUUCCCAGCCUCAAGCGAGGGUGUUUUUAACAUUCAAUGAGCUGCAAGAAACCAAGACCUCAGAAUAUCACAGAAUAUCCCACAAUCCCCUGGAUUAUAGGAUAUUAUUUAUGGAUGAAGAUCAGGAUCGGAUCUACGUGGGCAGCAAAGAUCAUAUUCUGUCUUUGAAUAUUAAUAAUAUAAGCCAGGACCCUCUCAGUAUAUUCUGGCCAGCGUCAGCAAACAAGGUUGAGGAGUGCAAAAUGGCUGGCAAAGAUCCUACACAUGGCUGUGGAAAUUUCGUGCGUGUGAUACAGUCGUACAAUCGCACACACCUGUACGUCUGUGGCAGCGGCGCCUUCAGCCCUGUUUGUGUGUAUGUCAACAGAGGCCGCAGGUCCGAGGAACAAAUCUUCAAGAUCGACUCCAAGUGUGAAUCAGGAAAGGGACGCUGUUCCUUCAACCCUAAUGUGAACACGGUGUCUGUUAUGAUCAAUGAAGAGCUUUUCUCAGGAAUGUACAUUGAUUUUAUGGGGACGGAUGCGGCCAUUUUUCGUAGUCUGACCAGGAGGAAUGCCGUGCGAACUGACCAGCACAACUCCAAGUGGCUGAGUGAGCCUAUUUUUGUGGAUGCUCAUGUUAUCCCAGAUGGCACUGACCCCAAUGAUGCCAAAAUCUACUUCUUCUUCAAAGAAAGACUUACAGACAACAGCGGCAGCACAAAGCAAAUUCAUUCAAUGAUUGCAAGAAUAUGCCCAAAUGACACAGGUGGUCAACGUAGUCUUGUGAACAAGUGGACAACGUUCUUGAAAGCAAGACUUGUGUGCUCAGUAAUGGAUGAAGAUGGAACAGAAACGUACUUUGAUGAAUUAGAGGAUGUGUUUCUUUUAGAGACUGAUAAUCCCAGAACAACACUUGUGUAUGGAAUUUUUACAACAUCAAGCUCCAUAUUUAAAGGCUCAGCAGUGUGUGUGUACCAUCUCUCUGACAUCCAGACUGUGUUCAAUGGGCCAUUUGCGCACAAGGAGGGCCCAAACCACCAGCUGAUUCCAUAUCAGGGCAGAAUUCCAUACCCACGACCUGGCACUUGUCCAGGAGGAGCCUUCACACCCAAUAUGCGGACAACCAAAGAGUUUCCAGACGAUGUUGUGACCUUCAUCAGGAAUCAUCCUUUGAUGUUUAAUCCCAUUUACCCAAUACACAAGAGGCCAUUAAUCAUCCGGAUAGGAGCUGACUACAAGUACACAAAGAUUGCUGUGGAUCGAGUGAGCGCUGCUGAUGGAAGAUACCAUGUCUUGUUUCUUGGAACGGAUCAAGGAACUGUACAAAAAGUUGUUGUCUUACCCACCAACUUCUCUGCGAGUGGAGAACUCAUUUUAGAAGAGCUGGAGGUUUUUCAGAGUAAUUCUCCUAUAACAACAAUGAAGAUUUCAUCUAAAAAGCAACAGCUGUACGUGAGCUCAGACGAAGGGGUCACACAGGUUUCUCUGCAUCGCUGUCACAUCUAUGGGACCGCCUGUGCAGACUGCUGCCUAGCCCGAGAUCCAUACUGCGCCUGGGAUGGCAACUCCUGCUCUAGGUUUUAUCCCACAGGGAAAAGAAGGAGUCGUAGGCAAGACGUGAGACAUGGAAACCCUCUGACUCAGUGCCGAGGUUUCAACCUGAAAGCAUACAGAAAUGCUGCAGAAAUAGUUCAAUAUGGAGUAAAAAACAACACCACCUUUCUUGAAUGCACACCCAAAUCUCCUCAGGCUUCUAUUAAAUGGCUACUCCAGAAAGACAAUGACAGGAGGAAAGAGGUCAAGCUGAAUGAGAGGAUCAUAGCUACAGAGCAAGGACUCCUCAUUCGCUCUGUCCAAGACAGCGAUCGGGGGCUUUACCACUGCAUUGCGACAGAGAACAGCUUCAAGCAGACCUUAGCAAAGAUCAAUUUCAAAGUGCUGGAUUCAGAGACGGUCGCCUUCAUGACCGACAAGUGGUCCCCUUGGACCUGGGCCAGCUCAGUGCGAGCACUGCAGUUCCACCCAAAGGACUUUGUGGGAGCUUUCAGCCACUCAGAAAUGCAGAUGAUUAACCAGUAUUGCAAAGACAGUAGACAGCAAGGUCAGCAGAGGGAAGAAUCCCAGAAGAUGAGAGGGGACUACAGCAAGCUGAAGGCCCUUAUCAAUAGCAGAAAAAGUAGAAAUAGAAGAAAUCAAUUACCUGGAUCUUAAUUUUAUUUUGUAGUAAUAGAUAUCCUUGUCCUCACUGUAGGGGGGCUUAUAUUUGUCUAUUAAGAACAAAUUUGAGCAAAUCUGAUUAAAAAAAACAAAAACAGCAAGCCUCAGAAAAGAUCCAUCUCCCAAUAAAAUGCAGUGUAACUUAACUAAAAAUAAACAGAACAUUUUCCUUCUGAGAUACUUAAUAACGAUAGAUUGGGCUCUAUCCUAGAAGCAAAACUGAGUAUUCCUCUUAAACCAGAUUCCCCUUUGGUAUCUCAGUAUUUAAUUACAGCUGAAGAGACAUUUUUACAAAAUCGGUGCAUUAUCUUACAAUGCUGGAACUGUACCAGCCAGACUGGUGGUGGAAGAAUCUGGAUUACGAUGCAUGCUCACAGUAGAAUGGUACUAAGAUUUCCUUGCACUGCAUUUAAGAACACAAGAUUCUUCUUGUUUACUGUUUAAUAUUGGGUUUACAGCUUUCACUUACUGUUCAAAUCAUGUGAAUGCAAUGCUGAUAGGAAGCAAGUAAAGUAUAAUAGAAAUGUUUCAUUCAUUCAGAGGUCUAAUGAAGGAAUGAGUAGAAGAAAAACAAAGAAAAUUAUACUUGAUCAAAGGAAACACUGAUUAUUGUGCAUAGUACAAGUUGUAAUAAAUUAAUGAGUUCUGGAAUGUAACUUAAAAUUGAUUUUUAUUAAAAUAAGGUGUCCUAUAUAGCUUUAUAAGUGGCACAAAGCUAACAUGAGAAUGUUCAGUAUGCACACAAUUUUGAAAAACACCUAAGUGACUUAGGUAUUUUAGCUAUUUUUCAAAGAAUUACACUCCAGUUGUUUUUAAAGGACAGAAUGUGGGUAUAAUGUAUAGAGUCAUAGAAUCAUUUCAACUGGAAGAGACCUUUAAGAUAAUUGAGUCCAGCCUUUGUCCCAGCCCUAUCAACCACUAGACCAUUUCCCUAAGUGCAACAUCCAACCGUCUCUCCAGAACCUCUCUGGGCAGCAUAUUCCAAUGCCUGACAACCCUUUCAGUAAAGAAAUUCCUCCUCAAAUCCAGGUUUUCCUCCCCUGGGAAAACUUGAGACCAUUUCCUCUUGUUCUAUUGCUUGUUACUAGAGAGAACAGACCGACCCUUGCCUCACUAAAACUUCCUUUCAGGUAGUUGUAGAGAGCGAUAAGGUCUACCCUGAGCCUUCUUUUCUCCAGGCUAAACAGCCCUAGAUCCCUCAGCCAUUCCUUAUAUGAGACGAACUCCAAAUCCUUUCCUAGGUUGGUAGCCUGCCUUUGUAUCCUCUCUAUCACAUCACUGCCCUUGUAGAAAGGGGCCCAAACUGGACACAGUAUUUGAGGUGCGGCCUCACCAAAGCCCCACAGGGGAAUGAUCAGCUUCCUCCUCCUGCUGACAGCACUGUUCCUGAUCCAGGCGAGGAUGCCAUUGGCCUUGGCCACCUGGACACUCUGCUGGCUCUUGUUCAGCUGCUGUCAAUCAGCACUACCAGGUCCCUCUCUACUUGGCAGCUUUUCCGCCACUCCUCCCCAAGCUGUGUAGUGUUUACUCAAAACAGAUUAUCUGUUCCGUGAUUAAAUUUGAGCUGGCCUGAAGUGUGGAAACAAGUCAUGACCAUCUUUGAAAUUUUUAAAACCUUAUUUUUUCAAAUGCUUUUCUCAAAGGAGCAAAUUUUUUCUCAAAGUUGAAAACAUUUUUAUUUUUUUAUUUUUUAAAAUUAAUUUAAAACCAUUUCCAUUUUCCAUUCCUUGUACCCUUUUUCUUUUCACUGUUAUUUUCACAGUUUCUUCUUAUUUUCAAUUCUCUGUUGAAGACCAUUUAAAAAAAAAAAAAAAAACAGAAAAAAAAGAGAGAAAGUAUGAGGACAAAAUAAAACUGAAAAAUGAGUUUGGGUCAAAAUACCAAAAGAUAAAAGUGUAGCUACAUAUUUAAACAGAAAUAUUUUUGUUUAAGAGGCAGCUGUAAGGUCUAAUGAAGUCUACUUCAGUUGAAAAAUUGGUAAAUGUGCCAUCCUUGGAAAAACUAAAACUUUUUGUGAGCAAAAUUAAUGCCAAAAAAUUGGGACAAAUCUUCCUCAUUUUGCUAUAUGAGUUAUCUUGAAGCCACUGGGUCUGCUCAAAGUAGAUAGGUAACAAGGGUUAUAAAUGUGUGAGUACUUUAGAAAAAAUGUGGUUUAUUCCAUGAUAAUUUAUUAUAGUAAACAAAAAUAUAAACUAAUAUUCAGCACAAAACUAAGUUAUGUUAAGCUCAAAAAUAAGGUAAAUUUCUGGAAAAAAAAAAAAAGUAAUGUGAAAAUUAUUCCUAAACCCAGAGAAGGGAAGAGAAAAAAAAAGAAUGUUUCAUUACAAAGUUGUUAGUUCCAGCUAAUAACAGAUGGAUACUGUAUAUUAAAACCUAGUUUUAAAUGUGUUAAUGGGUCUUUGUUGAAAUGUUUUGGGCAUUAUUUUGAUUCUGCUUUUGCUGGAAUACUCUGGUUAGUGCCGGUGUGAGUUAAGACGUAGUGCAAUGGAGGUAACUCUGGUAUUUACCUGAUAUCAGUUUGAUAUGUCACUUUAUCACCACCUGAUGUAAGACAGCUGGGAAAUGGGCCCUGAUUGAUCAAACCACUUGAACACACUCCCUACGUCCCUUUGGCCCUGAUGAGAGCUCUUUGAAUUUAAUUUGUGUGCCUAUGAGGGCUUCAAAGGAGACAGUCCUGCCAGCGUGUUCAUAUAUUGCCACCUGGUUAAAUGCUUUUCUUAGUCAUGACCUAAAGGUGUAUUUCUGCAAUUAGACUGGUAGUUGAGGUCCUCCUUUUGGAAACUAUCAGGAAACUUUCUCUUUAACUUCAUUGAGCUUGGAUCUGUGCCCACAAGCUGGCAAAGAAGACUCUGGAGGAGAAAAAGAGGAAAAUUAAAUAGGUAAGGGAAAAUAAGGCAGGUUUGUGGAGUUUUUUCCCCAGCUGACUUUCAGUGCAGCAAACUACUUUUUUCUUUUCUUUUUUUUCUCUCUGGAGAUGAUGGACUUCUGAACUGUGUAAGUGACAAACCAAUAAUAAGUGCCACAAAAUAGAACUACCUCCUGGAAUGACAUUAGUGCAUAUAUACUCUGUAUGCUGCCAUGUUCUUCCUAUUUCCACAGCAGAUUGACUGCAGAGUUAGUGUAAUAUUAAUGUCUAUUGUGAGGAUCAUAAUUGCUUCCAAAUAGAAUAUGGUGAUGAAUAGAUAUUUAAGGGUACAGUUUACCCUUUAACUUGUUAGGUACGGUCAUAUUUUAAUAGGCCCCCAUUAGGCCUCAUGAAUUAUAGUUACACUGUCUUCUAAUAGAAUAUUGGCAAUAAGGGAUUCCAUUAAAACAAUCAGCAUAGCUCAGAGUUUCAUAUGAUUAUAAAAUAAUAUUUUUAAAGCUGCUUCAUGUACCAUUAUUAUGGUAUGACUGUUUAAGGGAUUGUACUUAAACUAACUUUUUUCCUGCUGCAUGAAAACUUUGGCAUACAAGUAAUAAGCUUCUGUCAGUGCAUAACUGGUCCAAGCUUCCAUGCUUUAGCAGCCUUUCUCUGUGUAUAGAGUAGUCAGGAGUCAGAUGCUCAGCUGGUAUAAACUAGCUUCCUUGCUGCCCAUUUAGCUACUGUGGUUUAUACCAGCUGAGGGUUGGGCCCUAAAUGUACAGAAUAGACAAGCUACAUUUUUUAUUUGUUUAAGGUAGACCCUCUACUGUAGUUAACACCAAGAUUUAAGACUGUAAUAUUGUUUGCUCUAUUUAAUACUUCCUAUUUUAAGGAUUACAAAAUAAUGUAUAUAAUUUUAUUCCUUAAAAAAAUACAAAAGCAAAACGAUUUCUAGGCAUAACUUCACCAAAUGUAAAGAUAUGUUCUCUGCUAAGAACUUCACUGUGUACUGAUUUUUUUUUGGCUAUUUUUAUUUUGUGUAGUUUGUAAAGUUUGCUGACAUCACAGCCUAACAAUGUGUUCUUUGCAAUUGUUGUUACUGUAGAUAUGCGUGUUUCAUUAAGAAAAUCUUGUUUUUUAAAGUGUAGGUAUGUGUAUAAGUUCCUAGCAUGAUGAAACUGUCAUUACAGUGAAUAUGCAUUAUAUAGUGGGUAAGAAAGAACAAAAUGUAGUUUAACAUAGUGCUAUUUAAUUGAAUAUCUAAGAUGCUAUUUGCCUGACAAAAUAAAGUGUGUUGCAACAACGUAAAAAA